UAACAACACGUCCCAGAAAUCAAGAAUCCGGAUCUCAUCUCAUCUCAUCUCACCAAGAAAAAAACGGGAUCGAAAUCACGAUUGAGGAAAAAGAAAAAUGGUCGAACGCACUCACGAACGCACUCAAUCCAAUGAGGAAGGAAAUUUGACCCCGCUGCACUGUAAGCAACGUGAGCAGAGGGGUGGUACUGCUGUUCUUUCGGGAAUUCUCGGUUCCUGCUGUGCUCUGUCCUCGGUGAUGGAUGGAGACGUGUUUGUUUACUUCUUGGCGAGCAAGGAUUGCGCGAUGUCACGGGAUGGGUGAUCGACGUUUGACAGCUCGAGUCGAGCUCGAAUUUCGCCAUCAUCAGCUUCGAUGGAACAUCUCAUUGUUCUAUUCCAAGCUUGAACAUUUGAAAGCUUCCUUUUUACAUUCCUUCCAUCUCCCAACUCACACUCUUUCUUCUCAUUUCCAUUUUCCAUCUCUCAUCAUCUCAUCUCCUUCUGACAGCAACCGUUGCCCAGCCAUAACCCUCCCCGUCAAGUCCCCAUUGCCCUGCAUGCAGCAACAGUCACCUCGCCUCGUUUCAGCACCCAGCAAGCAGCUGCAGAAAAGAAACCCCGGAAGAAACCUCACCACUCACUCACUUCCCUUCAAAUCCAGGCCAGGCCAGGGUAGCUUUUUUCCUCGUACCCCGCCAACGGAGCUCUACCAAAGAAGGUAGAGGACGUCAAUGCGGCAGCUUACUCGAAUCCGAAUCCUUC